CAUAACUUUAGAUAUAAAUUUAUUUGAGAUGAAUGUACAAACCUAUUGAUGCUGACGUAAUUAUUAUUGGUGGCGGCAUAGCUGGACUCACCGCCGCUUAUUGGCUGUCUUUAAAGGAACCAACACUAGCCGUGGUGGUACUGGAAGGAGGCGAUACUUUUGCAGCGUAUAUCGGAGGUAGAGCCUUUUCCGUGCCACUUUUGAUACAACGAGGCAACAAAACAUCUCAUUUCGAUUUGGGGGCACAAUGGGUUUGUAAAGAACAAAAUCACUUGUUAAGCCUAUUCGACUCUUUAGGGAUAAUAUAUCAAGCAACUCCGAAGCAAGGCAAAAUUAUUAUACAUUAUCAAGGUACUUACACCUGCGAGAAACAUGCCAAGGGUAGUUUACCCUUCUUCAGCACAGCAGAAAAGUUCCAGCUAGCGAAAUACAUAAUCAAGGUAGAAGCUUUGUGUCGUAAAAUUAAAGUAAAUGAAACUUCGAAGUACAUUAAGCAAUUAAAUGGGAAAACUCUGGAAGAAUUUAUUAACGAGACAGUCUCUAGUAAUGCUGUACGAGCUGUGAUCAAUCAUAUGGUGUUUGUUCAUUGUGGUGUUCAGUCACAUGAAAUUUCUGCUCUAUUCUACAUAUUUUUCUGUAUAUCAACGAGGGGCAUAUGCCAUCAGUUGCCCACGGAAGAAAGGACACUUCUCGAAUUCAGAAUAAAGGGAGGCGUCCAGGCACUUUGCGACAGACUCGCUGACAAGAUCGGAAGAGACAGCAUUUUCACCGACGAACACGUUAAAUCCAUCACACUAGGCCCCAAAUACGUUGAAAUAGUAAGCAAGCACACCACCUAUCGUUGCUAUUCCGUGAUAGUAGCGGUGGCCCCGAAAGACGUCUUAAAUAUCAAAUUCUCCCCGUCCUUGCACGAGAAUCACACGGAAGCCAUUCGCAAGACUUGUACAAGUACCGUGACGAAUUUCGUCGCGACUUUUGAAAGGGAGUUCUGGAAAAGUUCUCAUUUAUCGGGAGAGUGUUAUUUCUUCGACAAGUCCCACUGCAAAGGGCCGAUAGAUUAUUGCACCAACAUCAGUUCGCCCAGCAAAGUGGCCCUUACGGGAAGGUUAUUUUCUGGGAAAGUCACGAAUAACAAAUUUCCCAUCUACAGGUCGGAAGUGCUCGAUCAGCUGGCGCACUACCUCGGAGAGGCGGCUCUAUACCCCCUCGACUACUACGAGAGGUCUUGGACCAACCACAUGUGCCAAAUGGCCGGGUGGGAAGUGGGGAACGAGGAUUACAUCAAGCAUGUCAGCCAGUCGUACGACAGGAUGUUUUUUGCCGGCGCAGAGACGACACACGAAUGGUACGGGUACUUGGCGGGGGCGGUCCACUCCGGUAUGAGAGCGGCGAUACACGCGUUGUCGCUGAUCAGACCUGCAGCACUGAAUCCCAGCGAUAUAGACAUAAUAAGCCCGAGCAGGCGGAGAACCCAGUUGAUCCCUUUUCGGACGUAUUACUCGGAAUCUGCAUAUGCCGCUGCAGAAAACUGGAAGCUCAUCGCUUCAGUGUGUCUAUUGGUCAUAAUAGCUCUGUGGAAACUAAAAAGGAAAUAUUUGUUUGUUGGUAAAUAA